ACGCCGCGAUGGCUUCGUAAUGCAGAAUGUUUAAUAUUGACAUGGCAGAACCAUCUGGUGACAAGCAUUAAUAUCAAAACUAACCUAUUCGAGAUAUUUCAAAACAUCGCGAACACAGACCGGGUCUGACUGCUGACAUACACUUAGUAAUCACAAUUCUAUUUUAGAAUAAUUUUUUGGCAUUUUUAUACGUAUCAAGAUAAACACAAUUGAAGCAGAAUGACUGCUUUCGAAGAAAUGGGUGUUUUGCCGGAAAUAGCAAAAGCAGUUGACGAGAUGGAAUGGACACUACCAACAGAUGUUCAAGCUGAAGCUAUCCCACUGAUAUUGGGUGGCGGUGAUGUACUUAUGGCUGCAGAAACUGGUAGUGGAAAAACUGGUGCUUUCUGUUUGCCUAUUUUGCAAAUAGUUUGGGAGACUCUUAAAGAUUUAGAAUCUGGCAAGGGAGGUGGGGCUGCUGUAGUUCAACAAUCGACACAUUGGGGACUGAGCCUGUUUGAUAGAGGACAAGCCAUGGCAGUAACGCUGGAUGGUUUAAGAUGUCAAAGUAGAGAACAAAAAGAAUGGCAUGGCUGUCGCGCAAAUAAAGGGAUAUCGGGAAGUGGCAAGUAUUUUUUUGAAGCAACGGUCACCGAUGAAGGUUUAUGCCGAGUAGGCUGGUCUACAUCUCAGGCUGCCUUGGAUUUAGGAACAGAUAAAUUCGGUUAUGGAUUCGGUGGUACGGGAAAGAAAUCGAAUGCGAAGCAAUUUGAUAAUUAUGGAGAGGCCUUUGGGAUGCACGAUGUGAUUGGUUGUUUUCUUGAUUUGGUAAAAGGCGAAAUAAAAUUUACCAAGAACGGCGUAGAUUUGGGCGUCGCGUUUACAUUAAACGCGCAGCAAAAAUCACAGACUUACUAUCCAGCUGUAGUACUGAAGAACGCCGAGAUGGCCUUCAAUUUUGGAGCUCAACCGUUUAAGCAUCCACCUCCAAAUGAUUAUGUGGCUGUAUCUUCGGCUCCAAAAGAAUCUGUCAAGCACAAUAUUGUUAACAGCAAUCAGAGCGCGUCUAAAGAAAGUGGUAAACCAAAGAAUAACGCGCCUCAGGCGAUCAUCAUAGAGCCUUCUCGUGAAUUAGCUGAACAAACUUACAAUCAAAUUCAGAAGUUCAAGACACACCUUAAAGAUCCGACGAUCAGAGAACUGCUUGUCAUCGGUGGAGUAAACGUGAAAGAACAGAUUGCAACUUUGAAUUCCGGCGUGGACAUAGUAGUCGGGACUCCCGGACGAUUGGAGGAUCUCAUACAAGGCGGUUACUUGUUGUUAACACAUUGCAGGUUCUUUGUGCUGGACGAAGCUGACGGAUUAUUGAAACAGGGUUACACCUAACUUAUCGACCGUCUGCAUAGACAAAUCCCAAAAAUUACGUCAGACGGCAAAAGAUUGCAGAUGAUCGUAUGCUCGGCGACACUACACGCAUUCGAAGUU